AUGGCUGAGCAGCAGGAGCAGGGAUUGUUGCUGGACAGAGAUCAGUUGUGUUGUUCAGUGUGUCUGGACCUCUUCAACCAGCCAGUCACUCUUCUCUGUGGGCACAGUUACUGUAGAGACUGUAUAGAGAGCCGCUGGGACAUGGAUGAAGAGAAGGGAGUGUGCAGCUGUCCUCAGUGCAGACAGAUCUUCAGCCCGAGGCCUGCCCUUGUGAAGAACAACGUGCUGGCUCAGAUUGUGGAGAAUGCGAAGACAACAGGGAACCAGCAGGCCUCUCCUUCUGCAGAUGUGUCCUACGCUGGCCCCACAGAUGUGGCCUGUGAUUUCUGCACAGGGACUCGACCUCACAAAGCCAUUAUGACCUGUUCAACGUGCUUGGCCUCCAUCUGCUCCACUCACCUCCAGCCUCACUACACUGAUCCUGUGCUGAAGAAGCACAAGCUGGUCUCUGCCACGGCCCGACUGCAGGAGAAGAUGUGCUCCAGUCAUGACAAGCUGAUGGAGGUGUGCUGUCGUACAGACCAACAGUGUAUCUGCUAUUUGUGCACCAUGGAUGAACAUAAGGGCCACGAUACAGUGUCGGCUGCAGCAUAA